AUGGAUCUUUCAAUCCAGCGACUGCUCAACGACAAGCUCUACGACAAGAGGAAACAAGGGGCAUUAGAGCUCGAAAAGGUCGUACGCGAUGCCGUCUUCGCAGGUGAACACGAGAAGAUCCAGAAGAUUGUCGAGCAGCUCUGUCACGACUAUGCCUACGUCGUCCAUCAGCCCCACGCGAGAAACGGCGGUUUGAUCGGGUUGGCCGCGGCCUCCAUAGCUCUGGGUUCCGAAGGGGUCGCGCCGUACCUGAAGGAGAUCGUGCCGCCUGUUCUAGCCUGCUUUUCGGAUCAAGACGCGCGCGUCCGGUAUUAUGCUUGCGAGAGCAUGUACAACAUUGCCAAGGUCGCCAAGGGGGAAGUAUUGCUGUUCUUCAACAACAUCUUUGACGCGCUGGCCAAGCUUGCGUCGGACUCUGAGCUCUCGGUCAAGAACGGUGCAGAACUCCUUGACCGGUUGGUGAAAGAUAUUGUGGCCGAGUCGGCGGCCUCGUAUGUGUCGGUACUACAAAUUUCCGAGAAGGGGGCAGCGGAUCCAGACACGGUCGAAGAAACCGAGCUGCCAACGGCAUUCUCCCUUGCAAAGUUCAUUCCUUUGCUCAAGGAUCGCAUACAUGUUAUUGGUCCAUUCACACGAAAUUUCCUGGUGUCGUGGUUGACCUUAUUGGACACCAUCCCCGAUCUGGAGCUGGUAAGCUAUUUGCCUGAAUUUCUAGACGGAUUGAUCAAGUUUCUCGGGGGGCCUACGAAAGAUGUCAAUGUUGCCACGCAAAAUCUUUUGGACCGGUUUCUAUCCGAAAUUAAAAGGAUCACGCGAUUGAAGAAAGGGAUCGAGGAAAGCCGCAAGAGCGAACGAAGUCAUAGACGCUCGACAGCAAGUGAUACUGCCAGCAUCAAGACUGACGAAAGGGCUGGAACUCCCGUUACUGAAGAAGCUGCGAAAGAUGACAUCGCCGUGGAUGACUCUGUGUCGGAGUUUGCUGAUGACGAAGGGGAUCGAGCGGAUGGAGACUGGAUUCCAGGGCAAGAUGUACAAAUCGAUUACCCGAAGAUUCUGGACAUACUUGUUGGCUUUGUCGAUACUUCGUAUGAGGAGGAGAUGCAAUUGACUGCACUCCGUUGGAUCGAUACCUUCUUCGAUAUCAGCCCCGAAGAUAUCCUUCCUUUUGUUCCACGGCUUUUGACUCAGGUACUUCCCGCCAUGUCUAGCGGUUCGGAUCAAGUGCGGCAAGAAGCAAACAAAGUCAACAAAUCCCUCCUUGAGUAUAUUUUUACUUUAUCGGACGACACGACGGACGAAACACAAACAAUGCCCUCUAGGGUCCUAUCUAAUACGACCAGCAAAGAGAGUGUGGACAAGGCAUCAAUACCUGGGUCGAGACCAUCGGAAUCGACAAUCCCUGACUCAAGAAGGCAGUCAACAUUGCAAGAUGCACCUGGUACUAUGACACCGCGGAGUGCCGUUUCGGUAUCGGUGCAGCCGGCCGAUUUGGACUAUGCUGCUGCGGUCAGCUCCCUUACUCUUCAAUUCUUGAACGAGAACGAAGCCACCCGCGUAGCGGCCCUCUCAUGGCUCAUCAUGUUACAUCGCAAAGCGCCAAAAAAAGUAGUUGCCUUCAACGACGGGACCUUUCCAGCUCUCCUAAAAACCCUAUCCGAUCCUGCGGAAGCAGUCGUGACCAAGGAUUUGCAGCUUCUGUCGCAGAUCUCGAGAAAUAGCGAGGACAGCUACUUCACCUCGUUCAUGGUCAAUUUGUUGCAGCUAUUCUCCACAGAUCGGCACCUGCUGGAAGUGCGCGGGAAUUUGAUUAUCAGGCAGCUCUGUUUGAACCUGAGUCCGGAACGUAUCUACCGCACUCUGGCAGAUUGUCUCGAAAAGGAGGAGCAGGAUCUCGAGUUCGCUAGUAUCAUGGUCCAAAAUCUGAACAAUAACCUCAUCACCGCGCCGGAGCUCUCUGAUCUGAGGAAACGAUUGAGGAAUCUUGAUACCAAAGAUGGCCAGAUGUUCUUCGUUGCGCUGUUCAGGUCUUGGUGCCACAAUGCUGUCUCGACUUUCUCUCUAUGUCUUCUUGCCCAGGCCUAUGAACAAGCCUACAACCUUCUCCAAGUCUUCGCCGAACUCGAAAUGACAGUCAACAUGCUGAUCCAGAUUGACAAACUGGUCCAGCUCUUGGAAUCACCCGUGUUCACCUAUCUUCGCCUUCAACUCCUCGAGCCAGAGAAAUACCCCUACCUCUACAAAUGCCUCUACGGCGUCCUGAUGCUCCUCCCCCAAAGCUCCGCCUUCGCAGCUCUCAAGAACCGCCUGAACAGUGUCAGCAACAUCGGCUUCCUACACGGCGGACCACGCAGCGUGGCGCAGACCGCGCCGUCCUCCUCCUCAUCGUCUUCUUACGACCGUUCCAGUGGCGCACGCCUCAAAGGACGCGACGAAACAAUCCGGUGGGUCGACCUCCUUGACAAAUACAAGUCCGUCCAGGAACGUGUCCGGCGCGCCCAGCGCGCAGCGCAGCGCCACCCCCUCGACGCUACGGAUACACUCAACAACCCCUCUCUAACGGCUGCUCUCUCCGCCGCCGCGACGGACCAUACUCGCACUCGCGAUCGAGCCGGUCUCCCCGAUGCACCGCGGGGCGCUGCCGGCGUCGGUGGAAAUGCAGGACUAUCUCCUCUCGGGGGCCGUGGGGGCGCAUCUGAUGGCACUGGGGGGAAGGUGGCCGGAGCACCGCUUCUGGUGCACCCAAAUAAGCAGAAAUCCGGGCUUCCGAAUCUAGGCCGGCUGGGUAUUGGUGGGAGGAAGUCGAAGAAGUAG